ACGCAGGAUUCAAUCAGUUCGUGGCACAGCGUCGCUCAGUCAGCAUCCUUACUAUUCUUCUUCAAUUUAGAUCAUCCUAACAACCCGGGGACGAAAACCAAUUCAACAUGAAGUGUUACUGCGUCAUGGUUUUGGCUUGUAUCGCCGCAGUGGCUGCAGCCGAUGAAUAUUACAAUGGGAAAUGGAACAACUUGGACACGCACGCGAUUGUUAAUAACAAUCGACUCUUAAAGAAGUACGAGGAGUGCGUAGUGGAAGAGAAGGCAACCGGCUGCCCUCAGGACGCCUUGGAGCUAAAAAAGGUUCUUCCGGAGGCGCUGGAAACAUCAUGUGCCAAGUGCUCGCCAGAACAGAAAGAUAAAAUCAAAGACACUCUCGGGUACUUAUGCAUGAAGCAGAGAGCGUCUUUCGACAGACUUCUCGCAAAGUUUGACCCGGACCAAAAAUAUCGCGCUGCGUUCGAAGAGAAAUUUGGGAAGCUUGAGGGAUGCACUUAAACAUCAAUUUCCGGAAAACCCGAGACUUGAAAUUGUAUAUUAAUCGACGAGUCUCGCGGUAAUUUUAUGUUAGUUGUUCUAUUUUGUUUUGUUUCGUUUGAUUUUGUUUUUUCCUAAAUUCGAUUAAUUAAUAUGUAAUAAAAUAUUUUUGCUCUGAUAAUCAUGUACAUCAUUACCUGUAAUUUACCGAACCGUUGCGGAGUCUGAAGUGAGUGAUUUACAAAGAUGUUAUUUCAAGCAAUUACGAUCUUAAGUAAUUACUUCGGAACUUUCGAAUUUAUAAUACCGGUUAACUUGUUCGUAUCUCCGCUCAGAUUGAUUCUAAUCUCCCGAGUAAUCAGAUUAUCCUUUAUUGUUCGUUCUGAAUAAGGAUUAGGCAGACCUGUAUUUUACACAAUUCAUUGCUCUUCCGUUCAACCACUCUCUUUCAAACCUCAGGGUUGUAAAAUGCGUCUGGAAACGUACAGCAAAUACAUCCAGGUCUACACAUAUCA